GUAGUACUGUACAAUGUAUUUUCAGAUAUUAACCAUGGUGUAGUACUGUACAAUGUAUUUUCAGAUAUUAACCAUGGUGUAGUACUGUACAAUGUAUUUUCAGAUUUUAACCAUGGUGUAGUACUGUACAAUGUUGUGAAGAAGAGAGGAACCUGUUAGAACAGUAAAUACAAAGCAGAAAAAGUUUAAACUAUUAAAUAGUUGGGAAAAGACUGUCAAAGGAAUUAACCGAAAAGAAAAAGUUUGGAAAAAUUUGUGGAAAAUGGGACACAGACCUGGAAUAUAAGAGACUAAGAAAUCCGCAUGCGUACAGGAAUGGAGAGCACAAUGAUUCUGCUAAUUGGGUUUAGUCUCAUGCUUUGUGAGGUUAAAAGCGUUAAUCCAGCAGAAGGACUAGUGAAUCGAUUAAUGACCCAACGUGAAGCUCUGAUUCAAGAUGGUUUAAGUUAUUUUAAUUCUUCUUCCCGGCACCCCAGCCCUACCUCCACCAUAAGUUUGGACAGUGUUCGUAAUGUGAGCAAUGGCCACCAAGUUCGCUGUAUUCUCAACGUGGAAAAUUGGACAAGAUGGCUGCUAGGCUAUCAAGUUUUCUACUUCAAACAUGGAACUUUCCAGAAAGGUUUCCAUGACCGGGAGGUUUUCCCCUCUCAUAGAGAAAUAAUAAUAACAGGAAAUAAAAGAGAUGUCAGCUUUACUGGUACUAGUGGGGUCAUUGCCUGGGAACUAGAGGACCAAAAUGUUCAUCUUAUUGUUAUGUGGAGUAUACCCUACAAUCUAGGUAUCUACAAUUCCUAUCUUGCUAUUGGAGUUGUUAAACUAACCACAACUGUUUCAAGGGAUAUGCUUCCUUAUUACUACAAGGAGAUGAUUGAUCAUGAACAGGGUCGAGUGUUCCAGAGGGGGAAACCAGGCUCUAAUAUUCUCUUCAGACAUGAAAACUUUUUUGUUGUGGCAAAUUUAGAAGAGGGGUACCAAGCAAUGCUUAAUGUUAGUGUAAUGCCAUGGAGUACUAAAGAUCUAGCUCCAUCUAUCUGGCAUAAACUGUACCUAGAGUCACUGAAACCAGAGAUGAAAAGCGAAGCAUACUCAAGUUCUUGUGACAGAUUCCUCCAUACUUCUACACAGAUACUAGCUGGAGUCUUCAUUUACAAACUAUCUUAAGAAGAAUACUCUACAAUCUACAGUUAUAUUUCUGAACAAUCUACAGUUAUAUUUCUGAACAAUCGGUAGUUAUAUUUCUGAACAAUCGUUAGUUAUAUUUCUGAACAAUCUGAAGUUAUAUUUCUGAACAAUCGGUAGUUAUAUUUCUGAACAUUCUGCAGUUAUAUUUCUGAACAAUCUGAAGUUAUAUUUCUGAACAUCUGAAGUUAUAUUUCUGAACAAUCUGAAGUUAUAUUUCUGAACAAUCUGAAGUUAUAUUUCUGAACAUUCUGCAGUUAUAUUUCUGAACAAUCUACAGUUAUAUUUCUGAACAAUCUACAGUUAUAUUUCUGAACAAUCUGCAGUUAUAUUUCUGAACAAUCUGAAGUUGUAUUUCUGAACAAUCUGAAGUUAUAUUUCUGAACACUUUCCUAUAUAAAAGGAAUUAUUUAGUAAUAUUUUUCUAAGAAAAACUCUCCUAGAAAUGAUGAAUAAACACAGAAAAUCUCUCUGAUAUCAAGAAUAACAAGUGGUUCUAGAAGUUUCAGCUUCUCCUGAAAAAAGGCGACAAAUUAACAAUAACAGUUAGCAUAUCUUUACAAUAAAUAAACGUGUGCCAGACAGUGUGUACUGUGUACUGUGUACAGUACCAACAAAAUUGUUGUACAGGCACGGGUUGUACGGGUUCUACAACUAGACAAUGUGUGCUCAGUACAAUAAUUGUUGUGCAGACAAGACAAGGAGGAGUUCUACUACUAAUGUACACUGAACAGUACAGCCUAAACUGCUGUACAUAUACGGUUUGGAGGAGUUCCACUACUAUGUAUACUGUACAGUACCGUAUAAACUGCUGUACAGGUGCGGUAUGAAGGAGUUCUACUACUAUGUACACUGUACAGUCCGCCUAAACUCCUGUGUAUGAGUACUUUACUACUAUGUACACUGUGCAGUAUUGCCUAAACCACUGUGCAGUCACGGGAUAAAACAAAUUUAGUGAAAUGUAAUCCGAACGAAUUUAUCAAAGGACGGAUUUAAUUACUAUUGGAGAUGUUCUGAGUUACCAGUGCAGGGAAUGGAAUGUUGAAAAUAUGUAAAUUAACUAAAACAAAUUUUUAACUA